CCUGACUCAUUUACCUUGUUCGCCAGAAUGCAAUGAUACCAUCACGUGGCAAAGUCUACUGUUUCCUGCUGCUUGUUCGAAAAAUUUCAGUUCCCUUAGGAAUUGAUUGGUACGAGCAAUAUUUGAUUACUGUUCAAUUUGCGUGUACACCCCGCCGUACCUUUAAUUAUCACGCCAUGUUAUUGCAGUGAUGCAUCUCAAUUGUGUAUCGGAUAAUAGGCUGAGAGCGAGGUACUAUAAGCCCACACUACAUCAUGAUGCCGGAAGCUCUCACCGGGAUUACCAACUAUGCUGCUUGUGUUGCCAUAGUCGUAGCGGUGCUUGUUGUAUCAUACAAGAAAUUCUCGCUAGUGCACAGGAAGGGCAUCCAGCUUCCACCUGGACCUCCCGCCCGUUGGUUCUGGAGAAACACUUUGCCUACUGUGAACAUUGCCUGUACGCUGACCGACUUGGUUCGAGAGUAUGGGCCGGUUGUGUCGUUCCGACAAGGUAGCAAAGUGAUAAUCGUCAUCGGCAGCAUGGAGGCAGCCGAAGACAUCAUGGAGAAAGAAGGUGCAUCACUGGUAGAUCGACCUCGGUCCAUUGCCGCAGGUGAAAUGCUCUCGAAUGGAAUGAGCCUCACCAUGGCUGGUGCCAGGGAAUGCUUCAGGUGCCUCCGAAAAGCAGUACAUCCUCAUUUACAGCCAAAGGCGGCAGAAGCAUACCAAGAUAUGCUGCACGAGAAUGCAAUGGAUUUUAUAUUGGAUGUGCUGAAUGACCCAACAAACCAUGAAAAGCACACACAGCGGUUUGCAUCAUCAAUCAUUCUUCGAGUGACUUAUGGGAAGUCUGCGCCCACUGCCAUCGCCGAUCCCGAAUUUGUCUGUCUCUGCAGAGUCAUUGACAAUUACCAGUCUGUAAUUCGCCCAGGAGCUUAUCUUGUCGAUUGGAUUCCCCUUUUGCACUACUUGCCUGGUUACGGAAAACAAAUUUACAAGUGGCAUAAUGAGGAGCUUGAGCUAUUUAGGUAUCAUCUAAGGUGCAUCAAGAGUGAAAUGGAUCAAAACAAAGCUGGCCCCUCUUUGAUGAAGGCAUUAUUGGAGAACACCGAAGAACACCAACUCUCUAUGGAUGAGAUGGCGUAUCUCGCUGGAACACUAUUUGGGGCGGGAUUUGAUACGAUUGCUAUUGCAAUUACCACUAUUGUUAUGGCUAUGGUGUGCCACCCACUCGCCCAGGCAAAGGUACACAAAGAGCUCGAUAUGGUCAUUGGGUUAGACAGAGCGCCAACAUUUAAUGACUCAAGCUUGCUCCCUCAAUUGCACGCGUUCAUAUUGGAAGCUUUGAGAUGGAGACCUGUCAUUCAGAUAGGAUUUGCCCACCGUGCAACCAAGGACAUUUUGUGGCAAGGAUACUGUAUUCCUAAAGGUGCAACAGUCUACGGCUGCCAUUGGGCUCUUUCUCGCGAUCCUAUCACCUUCCCAGAUCCUGAAAUAUUCAAUCCACAGCGUUGGUUUGAUUUGGAAGGCCGCCUUAUGGACAAUAAUGCGAGGUUCAUCACGUAUGGCUUUGGUAGAUGUGUAUGUCCUGGCCUGCACGUCACAAACCACGUGUUGUACAUUAUCACCGCACUUCUCAUGUGGUCUUUCCGCAUUGCUCAAUGACCUGAUGCACCGAUAAACACGUACGCUUUCAGUGACCGCGUCACUCCCCAUGCAGAGCCGUUUGAAAUCAACGUCAUUCCCUGGGUAGAGGUCGCGAAGCUGAAAGCGGCCAUGGCAGAAUGAUGUGCGGAUUAGAGUGUUUUGCUAAGCAUGAUAUUGAGCUCCUCACCCUCGACAAAACAUUGUUCAAUGACCUGACGUAUCGAUCAACACACAUACCUUUAAUGACACGUCGGGUCGAGGACAAUGAUAACGGAUAGGUAUAUUAUUUGCAGUAGUACUGUUUGUUA